GCCAUUUUGGAUUUGCAAAUGAUAACAGGAGCAUAUUGCUAACGUUUACCGUGUGCUUUAUAUGCACAUUUCAAAGAAAAUGGGUCGAUCUCGAAGUCGCAGCAGAUCUUCCAGUAGACAGAGACACAAAGGGAAGCACAAAAAAAGGAGGACACGAUCUCGCUCCGGAUCACGGUCGACUCUGAAGGAAUCUCGAUCCAGUCGUCGCAGUCGAAAUCGCUCAAGGUCGAGAGAAAGGAAGCGAAGUCGUCAUGAAAGGAAACGUUCAUCUUCAAGUAGCUCUAGUAGUGAUGAUGAUCUUAUCAUACGUGCAAAACGUAGAGAAGAAGAAGAGAAAAAGGUGGAACUGGAGAGGCAGAGACUACAAAAACAAAAGGAACUUGAAGAGCGUUUGAUAGAGGAGGAAGUUGCUCGACGUGUGGAAGAGCUUGUUGCUAAACGAGUUGAGGAGGAGUUGGAGAGACGAAAAGAUGAAAUUGAGGCAGAGGUCCGUCGUCGUGUUGAGGAGGCAAAACGCAUAAUGGAGAAACAAAUGCUUGAGGAGUUAGAACGUCAACGAGAGGCAGAGCUUGAGGCUCGUAGGAAUAAGGAGGACGAGGAAAGGAAGAAAAGAGAGGCUUUAGAACAAAUAAUGGAAGAAAACAACCGCAAGAUAGAGGAAGCACAGAAAAAAUUGGCUGAGGAACAGUUGAAAUUAGUAGAGGAACAAAGGCGUAUGUUAGAGGAAAAACAACGAAUGGAGGAUGAUGAUAAGCGACGUAAAAAACGGGAACAGGAGGUAAUACUCAAUAAGAAGAAUGCUCGUCCUAAGGUAUCCUUCUCUCUGGGAAAGUGAUGUGUGUCAUGCUGAUAGGAUCUAAUUAAUUAUUGUGUUGUGCAAUCGCGAGUGAAAAGUCAUCAGAAAAUUGGAAGGUGAAAUCAAAGAUUCUGGAUGUUCCGAAGGCUAUGCUCACGGGAUACUCAGCUGUUGAUGGAGAGCUUGGUUAUGUGGCAUAUUAUCAACUCAACAGAAAUGUAUCUAAUUCUCCACGCCAGAGGGAAGGGAUAUAAAUUGAUAUUGAAUGUGUAUGUAUCAGGAUGUGUUUUUUUUUUAUGUAUUAUAGUGUUGUGUAUGAUAGUGAAAGUGUGUCUGUAAGAGUGUGUGUUUGUCUGUAUUAGGGUGUCAUUGUUGUGUGUGAUGAUGAAUGUGUGUGAGUGUGUGUUUGUAUAGGUGUAUUGUGUGUGAUAUUGAAGGUUUAUGUGGGGAUGCCUGAUUGUCUGCAUUAGUGUGUUGUGAGAUAAUGUGUGUGGAACGUGUUGGAAUAUGGAUUUGGCAGAGAUAGUGCUAGGGUAAAUAUAUAGAAAAGAAUUAUUGGAAAUGAGGAGUGAUUUUAAUGGAAUACAUAUAUAUAUCAUUAUUUGUUGAUGUUUCAACUUAAUUAUAUGAUGAAGUUGAAUGUGAUUUGACGUUUUAUGAUAUUUAUAUUGUCAAAUAAGAUGUUUUAAGAAAAUAUUUUUUUGACAUAUAAUGAAUGAGAGGACUUUUCUUUUUACAUACUGUAUAGAUGUAAAUAUGGUCUGUUUUUGGACAGUAUAAAUAUGCCAGUAUUGCACAUGUCUAGCAGAAGAAAAGACUUGAUCAGACCAAGCAUUACACUUGGCUGGCAGUGUUUAUCACCAGAAAUGAAUCAAAACAAAAAUGGAUCUAAUAAAAGGAUGAAUGACAUUUUAUUUCAUAGAUAAUAAAUUCAGAGAGAAAAAUGUUGACUAACUGUAUUAAUGAUGGGUGUUUAAGGCUGGCAUUGUACUUGGCUGGCAAGGUUUGUGAUUGUUUGUGUGGAAGGUAGUUACAGAAAUGAUGAGCUGUCAUCCUGUUUACACAGAUAGGGCAAAUUAGAGGGAUUUGGAUUGUUUGGCUCAAGGUGCUGUGAAACUUGUUUGCUCCCUUCAGGAUUAGGAUGAACAUUUCCUGGGCUGAGUGGAGGAUAUGCUUGCUGUAAUCUGCUACACACUUUAUUAGGUGUGUCAUUGUUCUAGCUUAUAGAAGUACAUCCUUUAUUCAGCACAGGAAAUUUUCAUACGUAAGUUGAAGGGUCCAAAUAGGAAGUCUGAAAUAAACAAGACUUCAAUUUUACAGAACAUUGGGCUAAAAUUGACAUGUGUGUUCUUAGAUCAUUGUUAAUAAUGACAAAAUUUUUCACAUUCAUGACACAUAUUUGUACAUAAUUGUUGAUAAAUUAUACUUGUGCCAAGGAAUUUGUUUUUUCCUGUUCCCGGGAAGUGUUUGCUUAUACCCUAAAAUUUCUUGGCAAGACAUUUUACUUUCUUGAAGAUCAUAAAAAAAAUGAACUAACAUUUUUUUUAUGAGUCAGAUGGGUAGGUGUUCAGUAAUUUGUUUUUUUAUAGAUGAGUAUCUUGGUAAAAUUGUUUAGAUUUAAAGCAGACACAGAGAAGAUUUAAUUAGAGUAAGGAGAGGCCUACGGUAAGUCAUCCUUUGUAUAGAUAGUCUUUAGGUAGACUUAAGAAUGCUCUAGUCUACAAGGGUCACAGUUUCUGACACCUGAUUCAUUAGAUGUGUGGUAGAGUGGAAAUUCCUAGUUAAAUAAUUAAACUUCAGUUUAUUCUAGAUCUGCCGUCUUCCUGAUCAGCAUUUUGUUUUUGCUUUUCACAGAAAGAUAUUGUUUUUAAUUUUUAGACGUAACUCACUCCCUUAAGAAUGAUAAAUUAAUGGCUUUUUUCAUCAAAGGAUAGGACUGUUGAAGAAAUUUCUUCCUUAAAUGCGAGAUUAAAACUAACCAAUGUUUUCAUUCUAUCAAACAUAGUAAGGGAGAGGGAUGUUAUUAUUUGUAAAGUUCUUAAUUGUCACAUUUUAUUCCAAGAAUUAUUUCAGCUUUGGAACUUAGAUAUGAAAAUUGCACUUUGUUGCAAUAAAAAAAAAAUUGUCUAUGUAUAAA